AGAUCGAUAAGGCCCCCCCAGAAAAAAUCCGAAUCGCAAUCCCGCCGCGUCGUUGUUUUCAGCCGACUCUCAUCUCGUUGCAUAUCUUCUCUGCCCUGUAGUUCAAGAUGGUCAACUUCACAGUAGACCAGAUCCGGGUCUUGAUGGACCGGCCCACCAACAUUCGUAACAUGAGUGUCAUCGCUCAUGUCGAUCACGGCAAAUCUACUCUCACAGAUUCACUCGUCUCAAAAGCUGGUAUCAUUGCUUCGGCAAAAACUGGUGAAGUGCGUUUUACGGACACCCGUGAGGACGAAAAGGAGCGUGGUAUUACAAUCAAGUCCACCGCCAUUUCAAUGUACUUUGAAAUGGGCAAGGAUGAGGUCGAAGUCAUCAAACAAAAAACUGAUGGAAACGAAUUCUUGAUCAACUUGAUCGACUCCCCAGGACAUGUCGACUUCUCCUCAGAAGUCACUGCAGCACUUCGUGUAACUGAUGGUGCCCUUGUCGUUGUCGACUGUAUCGAAGGUGUCUGCGUUCAAACAGAGACCGUCCUUCGUCAGGCCCUUACAGAACGUAUUAAACCCGUCGUCAUCAUCAACAAGGUCGACCGUGCUCUCCUCGAACUUCAAGUACAAAAAGAAGACCUCUACCAAACAUUCCAGCGUACCAUAGAAACGGUCAACGUCAUCAUCUCAACUUACCAUGAUGAAGCUCUUGGUGACGUUCAGGUCUACCCCGAGAAGGGUACCGUUGCUUUUGGCUCAGGUCUACACGGAUGGGGCUUCACCCUCCGUCAAUUCGCCGGUCGCUACUCCAAGAGAUUCGGUGUGCCAAUGGACAAGCUAAUGGCCAAACUUUGGGGUGAUAACUUCUUCAACCCUGUCACACGCAAGUGGUCAACGAAAUCUGUCGACGGUGACGGUAAACCUCUCGAGCGCGCUUUCAACAUGUUCGUUCUUGAUCCCAUCUACAAAAUCUUCGACGCCGUUAUGAACUUCAAGAAGGAUCAGAUCGCCCCCAUGUGCGAGAAACUCGACAUUAAGCUCCUUCAGGAAGAGCGUGACCAAGAGGGAAAGCCUCUUCUCAAAACUAUCAUGCGCAAGUUCUUGCCUGCAGGUGACUCCCUCUUGGAGAUGAUUGUCAUUCAUCUUCCUUCGCCCGCAACCGCUCAGCGUUAUCGUGUCGAGACUCUCUACGAGGGUCCUAUGGACGAUGAAUCCGCUAUCGGUAUCCGUGAUUGCGAUCCAAAAGGUCCUCUCGUACUAUAUGUAUCGAAGAUGGUGCCUACAUCGGACAAGGGUCGGUUCUAUGCAUUCGGUCGUGUCUUCUCUGGAACUGUUCGCUCUGGUCCCAAGAUUCGUAUCCAGGGUCCUAACUACGUCCCUGGAAAGAAAGAUGACUUGUUUGUCAAGUCCGUUCAGCGCACCGUUCUUAUGAUGGGCCGUUAUGUGGAGCCCAUAGAAGACUGCCCGGCCGGUAACAUUGUCGGUCUUGUCGGCAUCGAUCAGUUCCUGCUCAAAAGCGGAACUCUCACCACUUCCGAAACCGCACACAACAUGAGGGUGAUGAAGUUCUCCGUCUCCCCCGUCGUCCAAGUCGCCGUCGAGGUCAAAAAUGCGGCCGAUCUUCCUAAGCUCGUCGAAGGUCUCAAGCGUCUCUCGAAAUCGGAUCCCUGUGUCCAGGCUUGGAUUGCUGAUACUGGUGAGCACAUUGUCGCAGGUGCCGGAGAACUCCACUUGGAAAUUUGCCUCAAGGACUUGCAAGAAGACCAUGCUGGCGUCCCGCUCAAGAUUUCGGACCCCGUCGUCGGUUACUGUGAGACGGUGAAAGCCGAGUCGUCGAUUGUUGCCUUGUCCAAAUCCCAAAACAAGCACAACCGUAUAUACGCCAAGGCUCUGCCCCUCGACGAGGAGCUCACCAAGGCCAUCGAGGGCGGCGUUAUCAGUGCCCGUGACGACUUCAAGGCGCGUGCACGUAUCCUCGCCGAUGAGUACGGUUGGGAUGUCACCGACGCCAGGAAAAUCUGGUGCUUCGGUCCUGAGACAACAGGCCCCAACUUGCUGGUUGAUGUUACCAAGGGUGUCCAGUACCUGAAUGAAAUCAAGGAUUCUUGUGUUGCUGCCUUCCAGUGGGCGACAAAAGAAGGUGUCUGCGCUGAGGAGAAGAUGCGCGGUGUUCGCUUUAACAUCCUUGAUGUGACGCUACAUGCUGAUGCCAUCCACCGUGGUGGAGGACAAAUCAUCCCUACGUGCCGUCGCGUCUGCUAUGCCGCUUGCUUGCUUGCAACUCCAGGUCUUCAGGAACCUGUAUACCUCGUGGAAAUACAGUGUCCUGAGAACGCUAUCGGCGGUAUCUACAGUGUAUUGAACAGGCGUCGUGGUCAAGUCUUCAGUGAGGAGCAGAGGCCGGGAACACCGAUGUUCACAGUCAAGGCAUACCUCCCUGUCAUGGAGUCCUUUGGUUUCAACGGUGAUCUCCGCUCGCAAACCGGUGGACAGGCAUUCCCCCAAAGUGUAUUCGACCACUGGGAACUUAUGAACGGCUCGCCCCUUGAGAAGGGCAGCAAACUCGAGGAACUCGUCAAGAAUAUCCGUAUACGCAAGGGUCUCAAGCCUGAUAUCCCGCCGCUCGACUACUACUAUGACAAGCUGUAAUGAGGAUUGUUCUCGAAAUCGAGAACUUACGUGUUGUAGUACCAUCCACCAAUUUUCAUUUGUACUAUCUUCUGGGCUGUGUUGCGGAUUAGAUCGAAUCACAACCAGUGCCUCUAUGACUCAUUGGAUCCGAAGUUGACUCUAGUGAGUCGGUUGCUAGAUGUUCUGAGUCAGCCGAACUACUAGCUAGUCAUCAUCGCACCCGAAAGCGGAUUAUAAAGGCGAUCUGAGAAGUGAGCAAACUGAGUG